AUGGGGCCCCUGUGUCCUUGCCCAAACUCAAAAAAGCCUAUAAAAAAGGUACCAGGGGCAUCUCAUGGAGUCCCCUAUUGACCCCAGGCCCUCAAAUAGGGGAUCAUGGGGCCCCUGUGUCCUUGCCCAAACUCAAAAAUCCUAUGAAAAAGGUAUCAGGGGCAUCUCAUGGGGCCCCCUACUGACCCAGGGCCCUCGGGCAGUGCCCGAGUUUCCAAAUGGUCAGUCCGCCCCUGGUAACACUUUAACUUUUAUUUUGUCUAUAGCUAUACAGGGUAAGAUAAUCAGUAAUAUAAUGUGAGAGGGUUUA